AUGAAAGACAUAUCAUUGAGUAAUUUGAUGGCAGAAAAAAACAGGAACCAAAUUUUGAAAUUCAAAGAUGUUAACAGUAAACUUCCAAGCUGCGGAAGCAACGAAAAGAUGCGUCCGAAAACAAGCAAUGAUUGGUCAGUUGUUACCAGAACAAGACGGCCUACAGCUAAAAAGAUAUUUUCACGGGAAAAUAAUGAAUCAAUAAAAAAUGGGAAAAAAAGUUAUAUCAACUGUAAUAACCAUUUAGUGUCAAAUAAGACAAGAGAAGAUGACAAAUAUGCUUUAGGAGACAAGUUAUUAAAACGUGAAUUACUUUAUUUUUUUAAAUCCGUUGUUAGACCUUUCGGCGGCGGAAACCGUCUUUGUAAAAAUGCAGAAAACCAGUUAAUAUUGUCAGAUACUAAUAUCAACAAGAUAAAAAUUUUUGAUUUGAGCGGAAACUUGGAAACCAUUGUAGGUUCGCCCGAAAGUGGAACACCUUUAGAAUCUCCUGACAGAAUAUAUAUGUGUCCACGAACUAGAGUAAUGGUUGUCGUCGAAAGACCUCCUUACAGAAUGAUCAAGGUUUUGGUGGCUUUGUUCCCAAUAACCUCCUUCAGUUACGAAGCAACAAAUCCGGAAGAUAUAUGCAUGGACAGCAGCUUCAAAAUUUUUCUUCUGGACUCCCCGUCCAAGAUAAUUUAUAUAUAUGAUACAACGGGAGUGUUGUUGAAUGUCUUACAUUGCCCAGAUUUCCUCUACCCAUGCAACAUUGAUGUCAAUCAACACGAAGAACUGUUCGUCUGCGAUAAGGAGAGACAUUGCGUAGAGGUGAUUAAUUACAAAGGAAAAAAACUACGAACUAUAGGUGGAGAAGGAAUAACAGAUUUUCCGAUUUUCAUUAAGGUUGGAAAAAACGACGAAGUGAUUAUAUGCAACAAUUACAAUAUUUUAAAAAUAACAAUCUUCAACAGAAUGGGUGAUGAGAUACUGGUUGCAUUGCAAUCAAUGUUGAGAUUGGAGAAACUUCUCGAUGUGACCAUCACCUGUAAUGGACGAGUUUUUGUUUCUACAAGUGAUGGUGAUUUGGUCAUGAUGGAAUUCCCUUUUAUAGCUUUCGACAAAUUGAAAUGGAAAAGAAUUCAAAUAAAGAACAAAAGGAAAAAAAUGGAAUAUUGGGAGCAUGAGUAUCCAGAAAACGCAGAAAAUGAAGUUUGGAAAAAUGGUACUGUAGGUCGUUCUCUUACAAAGAAUGUUGAAUUUAGCGAUGAAAAAUCAUUCAACGAAUUUUCAGUGAAAAGACUGAUAAUUGAAAACAGUGAACGCGAGUUUCCAAAUGAAAGUGAAAACCUCAAAGACGGUAUCUGGCAUUUUAAGAAAAAAUGUUUGAACGACCAAAUUUCAGUCGAAAAUGAACAGUAUGAAGAAAACAAAAGAAUAAAGUUAUAUAACAACGAUACCACGGCUGAAAAUGAAAGCACAGAAGACGAUAUAUGGGACAUGUCUUUUGUGACAAAUGUUAAAGUUAAAAAUGAAGAGUUGUUUGACAAUAUCUUGGCGCAAAGUCAACAGUUUGAAAGCUGCGAAAGAAUGCUUUUUGAAAAGAGUGAAUAUGCGUUACCAGUUGAAAGUGAAAGCGUGGAAAAAGAUAUUUCUUUUACAGAGCAUGUCGGAGUUAACAAUGAUGAGUCAUUUAACCAUAUUUCGAUAGAUAUUAAACAUUUGGAAGAAAACGGAAUCACGCCAUUUGAGAACAUAGAUGCCUCAGCUCGAAUCAACCAAGAUGAUGGUUGGAGCACUUCUUUUUUGAAAAAUAUUCAUAUACGGAAUAUGUGGAACAACAGCACUCCAACUCAAAACGUGGCAAAGAAUAUCUGGAGUAACGUUGUCUUAGAACAUGACAUGGAUAAUCACAUUCGCAACAUAUGGAGCGAUAAAAUGUAG